UUUCAUUCGUUCAAAAGCUUCAGGUCAGAGAGAGUGAGAGACGGCAAAGACGGAGGAGAGGUCGCAAACGCAAAAAUGGUGAAGUUUCUGAAACCAAACAAGGCCGUCAUUGUCCUUCAGGGACGCUACGCCGGCAAGAAAGCCGUGAUCGUUCGAACCUUCGACGAAGGAACUCGCGAGCGCCCCUACGGCCACUGUUUGGUGGCGGGGAUAAAGAAGUACCCUGCGAAGGUGAUCAAGAAGGACUCGGCGAAGAAGACGGCGAAGAAGUCGCGCGUGAAGGCGUUCGUGAAGCUCGUCAACUACCAGCACCUCAUGCCCACGCGCUACACGCUUGACGUGGACUUGAAGGACGCGGUUAACCCCGACGUUCUCAACGCGAAGGAUAAGAAGGUCACUGCUCUCAAGGAGACCAAGAAGCGCCUCGAGGAGAGGUUCAAAACCGGGAAGAACCGGUGGUUCUUCACCAAGCUCAGGUUCUGAGCGGUAAUCUUAUCGAGUUUUGUUAUUCGAAUGCUUUUGGAUCUUGCUUUAAUUGAUACUUUAUAAUGCUGUGUUGAGAUUAGAUUUUGGAAUUUUUGGUUAAAUUUUGGUCAUAUUGGAUGAUUAAGGUGGUUUAUUGAGAUGAUAUGAUAGGUUAAUGUUGUUUAAAAUUGGUUGCUGAAUUGGAGCGAUUAUAGAUUAAGCGUGUUUGUGAUUGUGAUUCUGAA